ACUUCCGGGAGUAAAAUGCAGCACAGGACGGACAUGAGUGUCGGAUGUUUAGGGUGUUUUCAAAUUGGUGCGGAGUGACACCUCAUCCUCAACCGGCGACAAAACCUUCCCAGAAUCCCUCGCUUCGCCGUGUGCUCAUCUGCGGCUGUUUCAAACAUGGAGGAGAGGGAAAGAAAAAGUGUCAAAUCAAACCGUAAAGAAACGGCAACUCCAUCCUGUUCCAGUACGCCACCAGUACCGGAGCGUGGACCGGAGGCAGGCGGUGCAACCGGGGACGAUGACGCAGAUAAGAUAGAUGUCUGCUCUGAUAAGUUUGACCCUCUUCUGGCCUUGUACUCGCCCACCGUGCAGGUUCCGUUUCCAAAUGUCAAGUGCUUUAACAAUGUUUCGGCCUACGAGAGCUUUCUGAGGGGCGGCCGGGGCAGAGCCAAGCCGGAGAAUGUGGAGAAAAAGCGGCUCAAGGCGAUGAAGGGGGUGGUGGACCCGGAGCGCAUCGAGAGGCUGAAGAAGCUGAUGGUGAACAACCCGACGCCUCAGUCAGAGGAGGGCGAGGGCAGCAGCUCAGCGCCGAGGAGGAGGCAGAAGCCCAAGAAGAAUGUCCUGACGAGGAUGCCCUUAUGUAAAGGCAGUCCAUUGGGGGAGCUGUACCGAUGCGUCGAGGAGAGGAUAAGGGUCAAAGUUCACAUCAGGACCUUCAAGGGGCUGAGGGGCGUUUGCUCUGGCUUUGUCGUGGCCUUCGAUAAGUUCUGGAACAUGGCGAUGGUAGAUGUAGACGAGACAUACAGAGAGCCUCUGCUGGGAGAGGCAUUCUACCAUGAGAAAGCCCUCACCAUUUCACGGCUCUUUGAGAAGCUGAAGCUCCAAGAGAGCUCAGCAGGUGACGAGCCGGAAAAGAAGCACGGCGCCCGGGAUAAGACCACCGAGCAGCAGCCCGCUGACUGUACGAGCGAGAGAGGGCACAGCAGGACGGCGUCCAAGCUGUCAGACUCUGUUAAAACUAAACACAAAGUCUCGGGGAAGGCUCAGGGUCCAGAGGUCUGUCGGAAGAAAGAGUCCCAGACGUAUGGCAAGAUCCACACACGGCACAUCAACCAGCUUUUCAUCCGGGGUGAGAACGUCCUCCUGGUUAACCCACAGCCACUCUGACUUUAGUUUUCUGCUUGAUAUUCAUCCUGGAUAAAAGAAUGAUGAUUGGUGUGACAUACUGAAGAUGAACUGCUAGAUAGAUAUGAUUUAGAUUCAGAAGAAUCAAAGAAAGAAUGUUGUUAUAUCACAUUGAUAUGGAGGUUUCCUCUGCACUCCAGAGACUUUUUCUUUAUUUUGAGGAAUAAAAGCUUCUCAAUUCUAAUUACACUAA